AUGUGCUGCAAUAUUGCAGCGAUCUUGGACUAUGGAGAAGGGAACGGGGGGUUUGCAACGGACUUUGCUCACAGAAAUGAUUCGUUGAUGUCAUACGAAACGGUGAAAUACUUCAAUGCUGAACGACAUGAGUUUGACCGAUACCGUCGCGCUAUCUGCAACUACCAGAAUGCGGAGUACUACACAUUCCUCUGUGGGACCCUGUUAAACGCCAGUCAAAACACUGUCUUGUUGGCCUGUUUACUGGUCACGUGCUUCAUCGCUGUGUAUCAAGUCUCUUCUCUCCAGCAACCCGUGGGUCGGUUUGUUACCCUGUUGAUGUACAUGGCCCAGUUACAAGGUCCCCUGAGCUUCUUUGGGGCCUUCUAUGUCUCCAUACAGUCGUCUUUGAUCAAUGCCGAGCGUAUGUUGGAGCUUUUUAAAGAGCAGCCAACAGUCACUGACAGCCAUUGCGUUUCCCCACUGGCCACUUGCCAGGGAAAGAUUGAGUUCCGGAAUGUUAGUUUCUCAUAUGAUGCGCGGAAUCCUGUGUUGACUGGACUCACGUUCACUUGUCAACCAGGAACGACUACAGCUUUGGUGGGAGAGUCUGGUGGGGGCAAAUCUACUGUUCUCCGUCUCCUCUUCCGAUCCUAUAAUCCUGAAAAUGGCAAAAUUCUCGUCGACGGACAUGACGUCCAAGAUAUCACGAUUGAUUCUCUUCGUCAAAACAUCGGUGUGGUUCCGCAGGAUACAACGCUUUUUAACGAAACUUUGAUGUACAAUCUAAAGUACGCCAACAAGGACGCGAGUGAUGAAGAUGUGCACGAGGCUUGUUCCAAGGCCGGCAUUCAUGACAAGAUCAAGGGUUUUCCAGAUGGCUACAGCACCAAAGUUGGAGAGCGUGGGCUGCGCCUCAGCGGCGGUGAGAAGCAACGUGUGGCAAUCGCUCGAGCUAUCCUGAAGAACCCUAAAAUCAUACUGCUGGAUGAGGCUACGUCUGCACUCGACACUAAAACAGAAGAGCAUAUCCAGAAGUCCCUAGCUACUCUCUCCAACGGCCGAACCACGCUCAUCAUUGCCCAUCGGCUAAGCACCAUCACGUCGGCAGAACUCAUUCUAGUUCUAAGCGAUGGCCAGGUGGCCGAGAGCGGUACCCAUGAGGAACUAGUGAGUAUGGAAGGCCUUUAUGCCCGUAUGUGGAGAAAGCAAAAUGGCGAGGCAAAGAUACUUGAAGGCCAAGACAAGGUGGAGUGCAUUUAA